GUUGACAGUCGGAGUCGAUAAAGUUAGUGCCUAGCCAACCCCUAGUUCAUCGAGACUGUUGGCCCGUUUACCCGUGCCAUCUGCUUGUGUCGACUUCCAACAAUCGCCUUGCUCAACCGGAAGAUGGUGAAUAUUAAAGCGAGCCAGGGUGGCAGGAGUGCCUCUUGACCAUCUUGUGUCACACUGAACGGCACGACACUCGCACUUCCCCCUCGCCCUUUGCGCGACCUCAACAAUGCGCUUCAUAACUCACUACCUCGUCACCGGCUCUAUAGCCCUCGCGCUGAUUUCUCUUACGGUAGCCGCGCCAGCUCAGCACGAGGCUCGGGGGACCAGCCAGCGAGGAGUGCAGCCUGAGAAGGUAUCCACCUCCAGAGGCCACACGCAACACCCGCAACGUGGCUCGCAUCCAAAGUCGAAGGGGGAGCAUCCUCACCCUCACCCUCACCCUCACCCUCACCCUCACCCUCAACCAGUUCAUCAUCCCAAGAUGCAGCAUCCUCAUCCCCGACCUGACCAUCCUCAUCUCCCGCCGAGCCCUCACCAUAGCUCAACUUCUCCUACGCCUCCAUCACCGACGAAUACUUCACCCGCACCUGUGACGACGCCGGACCCUCCGGGCACAUUGUCCUUCAUUGAUCCCGAAACGAACAAGCAGUCCGCCAAAUUUCUUGGUGAGAAGUCGCCUGAUAGCUCCAUUGGCGAACUCUACGAGAUGGACGCGGCCAAUCCAGGUUGGACAUUGGAUUCUGAAGGACACCUCAAUGCCCGUAGCGGCCGCAGCCUGUACACUCAAGGCAUCGCCAUCAGUCUUUUCGAUCCGAGGGGCUACGUGCCCUACGCGUUAGGCCGCUACACCUGCGUCAAGACAGGAAGCACGACCCAGGAGCGCUUCGUUUUGGACUGCUCUGCUACAGUGCCCGAUCGUGGCGUCGUGAACGCCUUUGUCAUUUGUCCCGACAAAGAUGUCGAAGGGGAUAGCAGUGCCUGCCAGGGAGAACCCACCACGCAGUUCCUUCAGUUCACGCUGACCCCUCCGCUGGCGUGAAAGCGAUGCAUCUUGCUCGCAAGGUUGACGAUAACUCUCGCGCCUCGAUGAUCAAUUAUUCUCGAUGUCCAGCUCGCGCGGCCAGCUGACGCAAUAGCAUGUGACUUGACGAUUCUGUAG